AUGAAUCUUAAUAUCUUGGACGGCGACACCUCCGUCAUCAUUGACUCGGUCCUCGACUUCGACCCGGCCAAAGUUACAAUUUCAACAGCAACAGCCGACGGCCUACUGAGGAUCGUUCAGCAGAAGGGAUACAAUGUCGUCAAGAUCUUAGAGACGCAUAUUCAUGCUGACCACCUGACGGCAGCCAAGUACCUGCAGGCCCGCCUGCGGGAGACACAGAACGGCGCGGCACCUGAGAUUUGCAUCGGCUGGCGCAUCGGAAUGGUGCAGGACAGGUUCGCUCGAAAGUACAGCAUUCCCGAGGAGGAGUAUGCCCACGCCUUUGACCGACUGCUUGAUCAUGACGAAGUAUUUAUGAUCGGCGACCUUGAGGCUAAAGCGAUCCACCUACCGGGCCAUACUCCGGAUCACAUGGGCUACAUGAUGGGAGCGAACGUCUUUGCAGGUGAUUCCCUAUUCAAUCACGACGUCGGGUCGGCGCGAUGUGAUUUUCCUGGCGGUGAUGCUAGGGAUCUGUUCGCUUCAGUGCAGACUCUAAUGGGCCUGCCUGACAGCACCCAGAUUUGGACGGGACAUGAUUACCCGCCGGCCGGUAGAGACCCUGUGGCAGCAACGGCGAUCAGCAAGCAGAGGGCCGAUAACAAACAUCUCGGGCAGGGUGUCAAGGAAGAAGAGUUCGUCAAGUGGCGCAAGGAGAGAGAUUCAGGGCUUGGUGAGCCCAGACUGAUGCACUGGGCACUGCAGGUGAACACACGCUUGCACUACGAUCCAGCAGUCACAAUGCCUCAUUCUAUUACCGUCAAGCAAAUCGAAGGAAAGCCCGGAAAGGUCUACUAUCCACUCCAGCUCAAUGACAUUCCCAAGCCUUCUCCAGGCCCCAAGCAGGUUCUGGUUCAGCUGAGGGCAGCAGCCCUUAAUCAUCGGGACCUCUUCAUCCGGCGCCAUCUCUACCCUGGAAUUUCGUUUGACCAUCCGCUACUUGCAGACGGCUAUGGCAUGGUAGUCGAUGUCGGGGAAGGCGCUAACAAGGCGCUUUUGAACAAGCCCGUGCUUAUCACCCCUAGUCGCGGAUGGGCGUCCAGCCCUGACGGCCCCGAAGACAUUCGCAAGUUCAGCGUCAUUGGUGCUACCAAGUCCUACCCAGAUGGCACCGCACAAGACUACCUCGCUCUUCCUGAAGAUGAAGUCGAGUUGGCCCCGGAACACCUCACCCCAGCUGAAGGCGCUGCCUUGCCCCUUGUGGGACUUACAGGCUGGCGUGCGCUGGUGACAAAGAGCGGCAAUGCCCAGGAAGGGAGAAAUAUCCUAGUCACGGGCAUUGGCGGCGGUGUGGCCCUCCAGGUGUUGCAAUUUGGUGUCGCCUUUGGCUGCAACAUUUACGUCACUUCAGGCGAUGAAGCCAAGCUCGAGAAGGCCAAAAAGAUGGGUGCUGCGGGCGGGGUCAACUACAAAAAGGAGGGAUGGGAGAAAGAGCUGCAGAGUCAGCUGCCUAAGGGACGACCAUACCUUGAUGCCGUGGUUGACGGUGCUGGUGGAGAUAUUGUUGGAAAAGCUGUUAGACUUCUCAAGCCUGGAGGUGUCAUCAGCCAGUAUGGCAUGACGGUUUCGCCGCAGAUGGACUGGUUAAUGCAGGCAGUUCUGAAGAACGUUGAACUCAAGGGCACGACUAUGGGUUCGCGAGAGGAGUUCAGAGAUAUGGUUGCGUUCGUUAGGGAAAAGAAAAUCAAGCCGAUUGUCAGCCGGACGGUCAAGGGGCUGACGAACCUCGAGGGCAUUAAUGAAUUGUUCAAGGAUAUGGAGGCUGGUAAACAGUUUGGCAAGCUGGUCAUUGAGUUUGAAGAGUCGUCUGCGGCAUCACCACCGAAGUUGUAG